AUGAAGGCAAACAAAAAACAAGUUAAAGUUAUUAACGAAAGUGAACAAUCAGCUCAAUCAAAAUCAGAAGCCUCACAAAUCCCAAAAGAUAUUCAAGAAAAAUUAGAUACCAUAAAUGAAAAGAUUAGAGAAAUUUAUGAACAAAAUAAAAAGAAAAUGUUAGCUAUUGAACAUAAAUAUACCGAACAAAUGGCAGCUCAAUUUAAAAAAAGAUCAGAAUUAUUAAGUAAAACUAAAGAUUUUGAAGGAUUUUGGUCAUCAAUUCUCACUCAAUCCAUGAUCAAUAACUUUGCAGAUAAUGAUCAAGCUGUCGUUGAUUGUCUCGUUAAUAUGGAAGUUGAAAACAAAGUCGAUGUAGAAGCCGAAACCACAUCAAAGAAAAUCACUUUUUAUUUUAAAGACAACUCAAUUUUCAAAAACAAACAAAUCUCAAAAGAAAAUGUCAUCGAUAAAAAUGGAGAGGUCAAAGUAAACGUCACCAAAAUUGAAUAUUACGAUAACAAUACCAACAAAACAGAAAACAAGAACGAUAAAAAUAAAAAGAGAAAGCAAAACUUUUCAGAAUCAAGUUUCAUCCUCUCUUGGUUAGAAUCUGAGGAACCAGAUGUCGAAACUUUAGAUGAAUUCUCCAAACUUUAUGAAGAUCCAUUCUCAGUUUUAUUAGAAGAAGAUGUUGAAAAUGACGAUGAUGAAGACGAUGAUGAUUUUAACAGUGAAGAUUAUGAUGCCGAAGAAGAUGCCGAAGAAGAAGAUGAUGAAUAA